GAAACACAGAAGAAUUUAGAGGAAAUAUUUUGACAACGACAACCGAAUUAUGAAGAUAUUACAGAACUUACUUAAAGAUAAAAGAGAUGAAUGGCUUGUUGAGACGACAGCAAUAAUUAACAGUGUAAAUCCGAUGGUUGACAGAAUCAUGAAUGACGAAUCCGUUGGAGGGGUUAUUAUGACUAACAAAGAAGGAGCACCAAUCUUAACGAAUACUAAUUUAAUGACAGCUACUAAUUAUGGGUCAGCGUUGCAGCGUUUGGGAUGCCUCACUCAAACUUCUAUUAAAGACUUGGAUCCUUUUGAUGAAGUUUUGGUGCUAAGAAUCAAUACGAAAAAAUUUGAAGUGAUGGUAGCCCCACAUUCCGAAUUUAGUAUAAUAGUCAUUCAACAAUUCAGGCAAAUGAGCAAAAUCAACAAAUCAGGAAAAUAAUCCAUUAUUUCUGAUAAUCAAUAACUUUAUUAAUGUAAUAAGUAUUUCUUUGUUAUCUUAGCUAGUGUUAUAAUAAA